AUGAGGGGACAACUUCUACUUGGUGUCAGUCAGAAAGUAGUGGAUGAUUUUUCGACUGAGCUGUUGGAAACUGUUGAUAGACUUCUUCUCAAGAGCAUUCCACCAGAGUUUGGCAUGGGGAAGCAUCGACAUACAACUGCUUCCGAUGCUUGGAGCAUGCUCAUCACAUUGAACAGUGAUGCCUCUUUGAAUGAAGAAUAUUGUCAUCCCCCUUCUGGCGGAAAUGCUUCCAAUUCAGAGAGAAUCUCAACUGAUUGCCCGUCUGGUGAGAACGUAGUGAGAGCUGAUGAUAUUAUCAGUAAAACUUACAGUAUUCCAGACUGUUGGCACACAGCAUUAACUGGAAAGGGCCAACAAUUUGAAACUGCUAUAGAUUUAAGACUAACGUUGCAAUACUAUUCCAUAGAGAAAAAGUUUGACUACGACUUUGUAAAGAAUGAACCUAAACGUAUCCGAGUUAUUUGUCGAUAUAAGGAGACGUAUGGUUGCCCUUGGAUGCUGUUUGCAUCCCCUGUUCGACCUGAAAUCCGCCCAAAGGAUGUGCAAAAGGAGUUCCUCACUCGAUAUGGAUUGAGACUUGAAUACAGUAAGAUAUGGUGGGGCAAAGAAAGAGCGCAGGAGGCUAUGUAUGGUGAUAGUUAUGAGUCUUACGAUCAAUUAAGAUGGUAUGAGCAAAAGGUGAAGGAAACAAAUCCAGGAAGCUACAUUUGCAUUGACCAGAAUGAAGGAAGGAAAACGUUGAUAAUUGGAGCUGGUUCCUACAAGGCUUGUGGUCUAUACUGUAAUUGCAUAUGUGAUCAGGAAAACGUUGAUAAUUGGAGCUGGUUCCUACAAGGCUUGUGGUCUAUACUGUACGAAAGGCCAGACCCAUACAAUCCUCCCCAUCAACUGGUUAUUAUUUUUGAUGCCGACAAGGGAAUCCAAGAAGCGGUAAGAGAAUAUUUUCCUGAAGCAAUUCACUCAAGAUGUGUUCUGCACCUGGUUGAAAAUUUUAGAUCUAAGCUAAAGGAUUUGGGAAUGAAAGCAAAGGACACACAUGUUUUGGGGAAUUUGCUCCAAUCAGCUUGCUAUAAAUACACUGUUGCGGAAUGGAACGGCUACAUGAAGGAUAUAUAUGAGAUGUCUCCAGCUGCAUAUGAGAUUGUAAAUAACUACUCGCCAGAGCAUUGGGCGAAUGCCUUCUUCCCUGGCAUUAGAUAUGGUCAUGUAACCUCUAACGUUGCAGAAUCCUUUAACAGCUGGAUACGUGAAGCUCGGAUGCUGCGUAUCCUGCAAAUGGUGGAGCAUAUCCACAAGCAAAUUAUGACUCGCAUGAACAACAGACGCAUAAUGGCUGAAAAGUGGACAAGCUAUCUUUAUCCUAAAGCUGAGCAGAUUGUUGGAGAACAUAUGGAAAGAGGAUCUACGUUAGAGAUUAAGCAAUCUAGAGAUGAUAUAUUCGAAGUGCAAUCACAGAGAACCACUCACGUUGACUUGGGGAAGAAGACAUGCACUUGCCGUGCUUAG